AAGAAGAGGAGCCAGGUGUGAGCAAUCACCAAAUGACUGCCUGAAUGAUAUAAAAGCAGAGAUCUGUGUUUCAGUGAGAAGCUGUGGUCCUGAAGUGCAGAAUACUGCUCAAAGAUGUCUGGACGUGAGAAGAAAGCUGCAUCCAAACAAAAAACCUCAGUGUCCCAGUCUUCCAGGGCAGGGAUCACUUUCCCUGUAGGACGCAUUCACAGGCUGCUGAAAAAAGGACACUAUGCAGACAGGAUUGGCAAAGGUGCUGCAGUGUACCUGGGUGCUGUCCUGGAGUAUCUCACUGCUGAAAUCCUGGAACUGGCAGGAAACGCCUGCCGUGACAACAAGAAGCAGCGUAUCAACCCCCGACACAUCUUGCUGGCAGUGAAACAUGAUGACGAGUUCGACAAACUGCUGGCAGGGGUCACGAUCUCAGAAGGUGGUGUCAUCCCAAACAUCCAAGCAACCCUUCUCCCCAAAAAGACCAAGGCACCCAAGGAUCAGGUCACAGCUAAAGACGUCCAGUUUUAAAAUUGAAUGUGUUCACCAAAUGUUAUCAUAUUAAAAUGUUUAUUCUUUAAA